AGCUGUGUUCCCCGCAAUCGGUGGACGGAUGACCCGGGACAUAUAUAAGAUACGGUUUACCUGGACAAACAUACAUCUUGACCGGAUGGUAUCCUUAUCUGCUCCCGAAGAAUCCUACUGUUGCUAUACUCCCUGAGACCCCCACCAUUGCUAGAAACCAUGUCCUUCAACGCCUCCUCCAUCGUCGCCAGCACAAAGCUGAGCGCUCUCCUCGAGAAACUCCACGCCCUCUCCUCAGCUCAGGAGAACUCGUACUCACAAUCCUUCUUCUACCUCACCCGUCUAGGACGCUACCUUCUCUUCGGCGAAAGCUGGUCCGCCGGCGCCGACGACCACAUGCGCGAUAAAUUCGUCGCCCUCGAGCCUGACAAGUGCCAGUUCGUGUACCUGCUCGCGCGGAGCAUGGGCGCGCUCAAUAUCGUCGAGGCGGGGACGAGUUUUGGUGUGUCGACGAUGUAUCUGGCGCUGGCGGUGGGGCAGAAUGUUGCGCAGGCUAGCGCGGGUGGAGGGGUUGCGACGAAGGGGAAGGUGAUUGCGACGGAGAAGGAGUCGACGAAGGCCGAGAGGGCGAAGGAGUAUUGGAAGGAGGCUGGGGAGGAGGUGGAGCCGUGGAUUGAGCUCCGGGAGGGUGAUUUGCUUGAGACUUUGAAGGUUGAGGAGGGAAUGCCGGAGAAGAUUGAUUUGUUGUUGCUUGAUAUAUGGACGCCAAUGGCCCUCCCAACCCUUAAGAUCAUCCAACCACGACUGAGACGCGGAGCUGUUGUCAUUGCGGACAACGUUGUGAUGUCCAAGAUUCUGUACAAGGAAUUUCUCACUUAUAUUCGAAGUCCUGAGAAUGGGUUCAAAACUAUGACGGUGCCUUACAGUGGCGGCUUGGAAGUGUCUGUGUAUUUGCCAGAUGACCAAUCUGAGUAAAUCGAGGCGGUGCAUGCCUCCCAACGACAAUUUUAUUUCCUAGUUAGCAACAACUAUGUAACUGCAGAACAGAUACUCCUUCAUGAACCUUGAUGUCGGAUGUUUUAUUGUGGUCCUAUAUUGUCAGCCUUGUGAUCUACGCCGUUAUGACUUCACAACCACACAGCCUUGCAGGCUUGGUAUGAGCCUCAGGAUUUCACAACCACAAUUGGAAGGUAUUGUAUUCAAAAGGGC